CAGCCCUCAGUCUGAGAGGAGGAGGAUGACAUGUGAUUGGCCAGGCGGGGACUGGUAGUCCGGGGGUUGGCACUGCGAGGCUUUUCGUUGCUCCCCAUGUUCAUGUUUACACCUUUGCUGACCGGGACGAGAGGAGACGCGGCGCGCCGGGGUCCGGUGGACAAACUCGGAAGUAAAGUCUUUGGGUUAUUAUUAUUUUUGCUGGAACCUGUCAGCGUUUUAUCUUUUGCGCUUCUUUUUUGUUUUUGUUUUGUUUUUGUUUUUGUUUUAGCAUAACAUUUUAUUUUUAUUUUUUUUAUUAUUUAUUUAUUUUUGGCGCUUUCGUUUAAUUUCUCCGUCCAGCGCAACGAUGCGUCAAAGUUUUUGGUGACUCUCAGUGCAUUUGUGCGCUAAGGGCUGGGAACCAGGUCAACCUGACAGAUCCUGCCUUUAAAAAUAGUGAAACAUCUCAAAACAAACUUUUAAUGCGAACGGAAUUAAAGUUUGGGCGAUGGAUGCUUUUUAAACCAAAGGACAAGAUUAACUCGCGUUUUUGUACAGUUGAUGAACUCGAGGGCGUUCAAGCCAGCCUCAUCCUGUGGGUAAAGACCGUGCAGGACAGUAGCCCCCCUCGGUGCGGAGGCGCAGCCGGAAAAGAUGUGCCCUCUUCGGAUGCAGCGUGACCAAAUUGCCGGUCCUUUGGUUCUUCUCCUGGUCUGUGGAUUUGUGGCGUCUGGCACGGAGAGCAGCGACUACAGCGAAGCCGAGGUUCUGCCCGACUCCUUCCCGUCAGCUCCAGCGGAGCCCCUCCCGGAGUUCCUGCUGGAACCCGAAGACGCCUUCAUCGUGAAGAACCGUCCGGUCCAGCUGCGCUGCCGGGCGUCGCCGGCCACCCAGAUCUACUUCAAAUGUAACGGCGAGUGGGUCAAUCAGAACGAUCACGUCACCAGGGAGAGCCUGGACCAGCUCACAGGUCUGGUGGUGAGGGAAGUGGACAUCUCUGUGUCACGGACCCAGGUGGAGGAGCUGUUCGGCCUGGAGGACUACUGGUGCCAGUGUGUGGCCUGGAGCUCGGCCGGCACCACCAAGAGCAACCGUGCCUACGUUCGCAUUGCAUACCUGAGGAAGAACUUCGAGCAGGAGCCCCUCGGGAGGGAAGUGCGGCUGGAGCAGGAGGUGCUGCUGCAGUGUCGGCCCCCGGAGGGCAUGCCCGCUGCGGAGGUGGACUGGCUGAAGAACGAGGAUGUCAUUGAUCCGUCACAGGACUCCAAUUUCCUGAUCACUAUUGAUCACGACCUGAUCAUCAAACAGGCCAGACUCUCAGACACGGCAAACUACACUUGCGUGGCGAGAAAUGUGGUGGCCAGACGGCGGAGCAGCACAGCCACUCUCAUUGUUUAUGUUAGCGGAGGUUGGUCUUCUUGGACUGAAUGGUCAGAGUGUAACGCUCGGUGUGGGCAUGGCUGGCAACGUCGUACACGCAGCUGCACCAAUCCGGCCCCUCUGAACGGAGGAAUCUUCUGUGAGGGCCCGCAGGUGCAGAGAAUAACUUGCACCACACUGUGCCCAGUGGACGGAGGCUGGACAGAGUGGGCAAAGUGGUCCGCCUGUGGGACAGAGUGCACCCACUGGCGCAGUCGCGAGUGCCAAGCCCCGCUGCCAAUAAAUGGAGGGAAGCACUGUAGCGGAAGCAUGAUGGAGAGCAAAAACUGCACUGAGGGCCUUUGUGCAAGAAAUAAAAAGGUCUCAAUAGAACAUGCGAGCCAUCCGUUGUCUCCUGGUAUGGGUGUAGCGGUGUACACAGGCCUGGUGGUAGCCUUGCUGCUGACGGUGGUCAUGGCUCUUGGUGUGGGUGUGCUGGCGUAUCGCCGCCGAUGUCGCCAUCUCCACGGAGACAUCACAGAUUCUUCAUCUGCUCUUACUGCAGCGUUUCAUCCCGGCAACUACAAGCCUCCCAGACAGGAUAAUCCUCUGCACCCCUCGGCUCCUCCGGAUCUGACAGCGACAGCCGGUGCUUUCCGCGGACCACUCUUCUCGCUGCCUCAGGGCAUCAACGACAGCCCGCACAAAAUCCCCAUGACCACCUCCCCCCUGCUGGACCCGCUCCCCAGUCUUAAAAUCAAGGUGUACAACUCGUCCACUCUGUCCUCCCUGGAGCUCCCGGCUGACAUGGGCGUUGGCGACGGCGAGAUUCUGAGCCUGAAGUCGGUGGGCACCGUGGGCCGAGAGCGAGAGUUUCACAGCCACACGCUGUCCAGAGAGCCGGGGCUGAGCACCAGCGCCACGCUGGGGCAUCUGGGUGGACGGCUUACCAUCCCCAACACGGGUGUGAGCCUGCUGGUCCCGCCUGGCACAAUCCCUCAGGGGAAGUUCUACGAGAUGUACCUCAUUAUUAACAAGUGGGACAAAACAACGUUACCCUCAGAGGGGAGCCAGACUGUGCUAAGUCCCGUGGUGAGCUGUGGUCCAUCAAGUAUGCUGCUGAACCGGCCUGUUGUCCUGACGCUUCCCCAUUGCGCUCAGCUGGACACGCCCACGCCCGACUGGACCCUCACGCUCAAAACGCAAACGCACCAGGGAGCAUGGGAGGAGGUGCUGACGGUCGGGGAGGAGACUUUGUCGUCUCCUUGCUACCUGCAGCUGGAGGAGGAAUGCUGCCAUGUCCUCAUGGAGCAGCUGGGAACGUACAGCCUGGUGGGCCAGUCCUGCCCUCCGCGGCCGGCCUGCAAGCGCCUGCAGUUGGCUCUGUUCGCUCCCCGCGCGCCAUGCCUCUCCCUGGACUACAGCCUGCGCAUCUACUGCAUCCAUGACACGCCACACGCGCUCAAGGAAGUCCUGGAUCUGGAGAGGAGCCUGGGUGGAGUUUUACUAGAAGACCCGAAGCCGCUGUUCUUCAAAGACAGCUACCACAACCUCCGCCUGUCCAUCCACGACAUUCCUCACAAUCACUGGAGGAGCAAACUUCUGGCCAAGUACCAGGAGAUCCCUUUCUAUCACAUUUGGAGCGGCAGCCAGAGACCUUUACACUGCACCUUCAGCCUGGAGCGAGCCAGCCUGGCCGUGUCGCAGCUCGCCUGCAAGAUCUGCGUCCGGCAGGUGGAAGGGGAGGGACAGAUAUUCCAGCUGCACACGGACAUCCAGGAGACUCUCCCACCUCACUCACCACUCCCGUCGGGAAGCACCUGCCUGCCUUCCUCUCAGGUGGGACCUUAUGCCUUUCGCCUGCCCGACUCCAUCCGACAGAAGAUCUGCGCCAGCUUGGACGCGCCCAGCGCUCGAGGGUGCGACUGGAGACUUCUGGCUCGCAGUCUGGGCUUUGACAGGUAUUUGAACUACUUCGCCACAAAGCCCAGCCCCACAGGUGUUCUGCUGGACUUAUGGGAAGCGUGUCACCAAGGUGACGCAGACCUGGUCUCUCUGGCGACGGCUCUGGAGGAGAUGGGCAAAAGUGAAGUGCUGGUUGUCAUGACAACAGAUGGGGAUUGUUGAUUGACCAAGAUACACAAGACCAAGCAAGACAUUUUAGGACUUUUGUUUCGGGAGGGGGUUCGUUCCACCGCAGUGAUGAAAAUGAGAAUCCUUGCCUAUGAAUAUGCACACGCUGACACAGAUCUUUCAUCAGCAGAGCAUUUUGGUUGUACUACCCACUCUUUUGCUGAGUCCUGACCAGCCAUUGUAGCUGCAUAUGAACCAUAACCCGUCCCCAUGUGUGCCGUCCAACUGCCAGCCUGAUUCAGCCUCAGCUCUCCAAAGCAAUAUUGGAUUUGCAAGAUGGAAAACCGUUCUGGGCGCACCCACUUGAACAAAUGCUGCAAAGUCUACCAAGAUUGUGAUGUAACGUGUUAAUAAGUGCUGAAAAUUACAUUAUUCUUACAUAUUUAAUAACAUUGUUUUAAAUUAAGCUACAGAAAUCCAUUUAGUCAACACGCAGCUAACUGCUGACACGGGAUUAUUUCAGUAGCAGCAUGGAAGUGCAUGAUUUAAUGAUUCAACACCAUUUCAUCUCAUGGUACAGGGUUUUGUUUUCUUCAUUCUCAUUCAGAGUAGGCCGUGACUGACAGGCUGCACCAACCUGCCUGCAGCCGUACACACACACGCGCACGCGUGCGCUCCCCAAAAUACAUACACACAUGGACAAAGUGGUCGUUAAUCGACUCGAAAACAGGCAGGCGAAGAAUUCUCGUCUUACGGACAGAUAAGAAUCGGAUCCUAAAGGUUUCAGUCAUAUUGCUUCUGGCUGGAAAAGGGAGG